AUGGGGCAGGGGGUGGGGUCGUAUUCUCUGCCCCUGUGGUUUUUUGCCAGCCAAAGAAGGUCCGCUCUGUCAUUUUCUGGAUUUCUAGCGGGUAGCGAAGAUGCCUCCAGGGUAAAACAAAGGCAGCCUCAAAGCGUAUGUGACCGGGAACCAGACAUCACACCCUUCAGGUUCUGGAUGGGGGCGCAGGUGGGAUUUGGGGGGACGCCCCCUUGCUCCCUACACCUCGGCCGGGCCGCGCAUGAAACGGCUGGCAAGAAGGCAGAGAGUGGGGGACACACAGAGAACGGUUGGAAAAGCAGGCCGUUACCUCUGCUGGGCCGACAGUUCCCAAACCAACAGGACCGCGUCUGGUGGGCAGCCUUGGUGCGGCUGAACUACGACUCCCAUCUAGUCUGGGAAGGCGAGAGUUCUAGUUCAGCAAUGCCCAGAAGGCCAAAGGGCGCUCUUGCCCCUCGAGCCGAGGCAGCCCCAGCUCCUGUCCCCCCUGGCAGGACGGCUCCUCCAGCGCAGGCCGUUUCGGCCUCUGCAAAGUGCGACAACUUUUCCGACUCUUUAUUUUUACCGGAGAAAAUUGGGUGGGGAAAUCUGGUCCUCGGCGUGAGAAAGAGAGAGACUCGCAAGAUGUGCGUUUACGCAGGCGUGGCAAGGGGGCUGAGGGCUCCCCUGUUUGGGUCUCGCAUGUGCGAAAAGGUUCGCAAGAGGGCAGCGCUCGAAUGGUUCCAGUGGUUAACGUUGCAUUGA